GCCCUUGGUGCCUCAUGGGGGAGGAGAUGGCUCUCGGUGUGGGGAACGGCUGCGCUGGGAAACCUGCAGGGGAUGAGGCAGAGACUGUGGUGAUGAUCCAGGAGGGGCCCUCGCGGCCUGAGCCGUCUGCCUGGACCCCACGUCCCCAUGCCCUCCGCUGCCUGGCCAUAGGCAGCAUUGUCUGCUGCUGCUCCUGCCUGGGAGUGCUGGCCCUAAUCUAUGCUGUCAAGGCCAACGAGAAGCGGAAGACAAACUCUCCCGACGCAGAUCUCUGGGCCCGGAAGUCCUUCCGGUUCUCCCUUCUCAGCAUCGGGGUCUGGGUGUCUCUGCUCAUCCUGGUGCCGCUGCUCAUGGGACUCAUCUCCUACCUGAUUGCCAGGGCUGAAUGAUCUCCUGCCACAUCCCCAUUGGCUCUGGGGGAUCAGGGGGAUUCCCAGAUCUGAUUUUCCUCUCCUGGGACUGCAGGAUGGGAGUUGCCCUGGCUGCAUCUCACCACAACUGGCCUGGAAUCUCCCCAGCCCUGCCAGUUCUGGAGCAGCUCUGGCUUCUCUGUGGCUUGGGACUGAGACUUGAGAGAGACCGGGGUGGGGUGUGAUACAGGAUCAUCCGUGACUGUCUAUUCCCAGCAGAGAUGGCAAUAAGGGAACCUAAAAACAUCAAGGAAAAAUCCAUGGCUGGUCGGGCUAAGGACCAGACCGAUUCCGUUCCUAGACGGAGAUGGUAAAGCUGUUAAUAAGGAUGUACAGAAGGCAGAAGUGUUCCAUAAAUAUUAGGGCUUUGUAUUUGGAGAGAAGCAGGAUGAUGAACUCGCAUCCCAUGAGGAUGGUGAACUACUUUCCGGCCCAUUAGUGACCGAGGAGGAUGUUAAACAACGUCUACUAAACAUGUUCACAUCACAGGCCCAGGUAAAUCGUCCCCCAAAGUCCCAACAAAGUUGGCGGAGGAGAUCGCAGGCCUGCAAAUGUUUAUUUUUAAUAGAUGUUGGAAUGAAAUGCCAGAAGACUAAGAAACAGAUUGAUAGAGCCAGAAGAGUUCCCAGAAGUCACCUACUACAGGACAGGCCCAACAAAGAAAAUAACAGAACGCCACUAGCCGUCACCUUCAGCCCCCAACUAAAACCUCUCCAACGCAUUAUCAAGGAUCUACAACCCAUCACUCUCACAGAUCUUGGGAGACAGGCCAGUCCUUGCCUACAGACAGCCCCCCAACCUGAAGCAAAUACUCACCAGCAACCACACACCACACAACAAAAACAGUAACCCAGGAACCUAUCCUUGCAACAAAGCCCGUUGCCAACUGUGCCCACAUAUCUAUUCAGGGGACACCAUCAUAGGGCCUAAUCACAUCAGCCACACUAUCAGAGGCUCGUUCACCUGCACAUCUACCAAUGUGAUAUAUGCCAUCAGGUGCAAGCAAUGCCCCUCUGCCAUGUGCAUCGGUCAAACUGGACAGUCUUUACGUAAAAGAAUAAAUGGACACAAAUCAGAUGUCAAGAAUUAUAACAUUCAUAAACCGGUCGGAGGGCACUUCAGUCUCUCUGGUCACGCGAUUACAGACAUGAAAGUUGCGAUAUUACAACAGAAAGGCUUCAGGACCGGGCUCCGGCGGGAGACUGCUGGAUUGGAGUUCAUUUGCAGAUUGGAUACAGUUGACUUAGGCUUGAAUAGAGACUGGGAUUGGCUAAAUCAUUAUGCAAGGUAACCUAUUUCCCCUUGUUUUUUCCUCCCCCCCUCAGACGUUCUUGUUAAACCCUGGAUUUGUGCUGGAAAUGGCCCACCUUGAUUAUCAUACACAUUGUAAGGAGAGUGAUCACUUUAGAUAAGCUAUUACCAGCAGGAGAGUGGGGUGGGGGGAGAGAAAACCUUUUGAAGUGAUAGACACCCAUUUUUUCUUGGUCUGUGUGUAUAAAACAUCCUCACUGCAUUUUCCACUUUA